GUCGGUGGGGCCGGCGGGUGGCGGCGGCGCGAUGCUGCAGCUGCGGGACACGGUGGACUCGGCGGGCACAAGCCCCACGGCGCUGCUGGCGGCCGGCGAGGAUGCGGGAGCGGGCCGGCCGGGGACGGGCACGCCGCUGCGCCAGACGCUGUGGCCGCUGAGCGUCCACGACCCGACACGCCGCGCCCGCGUCAAGGAGUACUUCGUGUUCCGGCCCGGCACCAUCGAGCAGGCGGUGGAGGAGAUCCGCGCCGUCGUGCGACCCGUGGAGGACGGCGAGAUCCAGGGGGUGUGGCUGCUGACCGAGGUGGACCACUGGAACAACGAGAAGGAGCGGCUGGUGCUGGUCACCGACCAGUCACUGCUCAUCUGCAAGUAUGACUUCAUCAGCCUUCAGUGCCAGCAGGUGGUCAGGGUGGCGCUCAGCGCGGUGGACACCAUCUCCUGUGGAGAGUUCCAGUUCCCUCCGAAGUCGCUCAACAAGCGAGAAGGCUUUGGGGUUCGCAUUCAGUGGGACAAGCAGAGCCGCCCUUCUUUCAUCAACAGAUGGAACCCCUGGUCCACAAAUAUGCCCUACGCCACCUUCAUAGAACACCCGAUGGCUGGCAUGGACGAGAAGACCGCGUCUCUGUGCCAUGUAAGCAGAUCCCAGGCCCGGGCCAGCCGUGAGUGUGAGCACUGGAGGUGCAGCCGUGAGUGUGAGCACUGGAGGUGCAGUGGGACCCCCAUCCCGCCGCAGGAUGCUCAAUCUAGAGGAGUUGGAAAGCUUCAAGGCUCUCCUGAUCCAAGCUGUCAAGAAAGCCCAGAAGGAAAGCCCACUGCCAGGACAGGCGAAUAGUGUGCUGGUGCUGGAGCGCCCACUCCUCAUCGAGACCUACGUGGGGCUCAUGUCCUUCAUUAACAACGAAGCCAAGCUGGGUUACUCCAUGACCAGGGGCAAAAUAGGCUUCUAGUCUUCGUGUCCCCAUGAAAACCAAAGUGGAGGGGACUCGGUGUGCCACCUCAAGCUACCCACAGCGGUUGGAGAGAAUGCAAGCAUGGUCCCUUUAGGUGCCUGAUAGAAUAGUCAAGCAAAUUGUAUAUAUUUAGUUGGAUAUUGGACACCUUGGCAACAUGAUAUACGAAGGCAGAAAUACUGGCUGUCCCUAUGCCACCGUGUUCCUUCUGUAACUCCACAUAAAUGUUUUCUCCAGUGUCCCUGCUGGGCUUGUUCUUCUUGCCCUGCCCCUCCAGCAUGCUGAGCAGAAUGUGGCCGCCCACUUCUGCUGAACACAAACUGUUGGACACUGGGCGGAGCAGAGUGACCCGUGCCUGCACUGCUAAUGCACUUGCAUUAUCUCCCCCGCCCUCCAAGUUUUGUAUUUUGAAAUUCAGCCCAUUUUUUAAAAGCUACAUACAAUAGCAGUCAGCAGACCAGUUACAAGAAAGACAGCCUACCUGGCCACUCCUAGCGAAACUGCCCUUCUGUGAAUAUGUUUGACCUGAAGUCACACUUUGCAAAUUAAUCCGGCUUGUGUUAAUACAGCAGUUUCCCUAGGCCCAGGGACAGUCGGUCUCAUGACAUAAUCCAGGCCCCUCUGGAAAUCGUGGGUUUUAUCAUCCUGUCUCUGUUUAAAAGGGACUGAGUGGUUUGGUUUAAAAAGUGCAUGUUUAUAAUAAACAGACCAGCCUGCAUCCCCCUGGCUCCAGGUGCCAUCAGCCCCACCGAGCUUUGCUGAGCUUCGCCAUGCCAGCCACACACGGUUUCCCCUGUGGCUCUAGCACCUGUCAGUACACUUGAUACCUCUGCCACAGCUUUAAGUUAACCAUGGAUGUGACCAGAAUGGCCUCAGAUGCAUCUGGUCUUUGUCCUCUGCUUUUGGUCUUGUAGUAAAGACGCUGAAAACCAAA